CUUAUUUAUUACAUUUAUUACAUGAUUUCAAAAGGCUUUUUUUUCUUGAGAUAGGAACAAAAUAAUAAAGUUUUGAGUGACAUUUGAAAUAAAUUAUUGUUGAUAUUAACAGAAAAAAAGUUGGUAGAACUGCAAACAUUUUUCUUUUUAAAAUACAUUUACUUAAUUAAAGGGUAUAAACAUUUUGGAAGAACAGUAAAUCACAUGGGCGAAAAUACCAUUUUAUGUUGCCUGGCGCGUGAUUGAUGACUAAUCAAUUCACCGUAUAGACAAAGCGAUUGAGCAGAAUGCUGGCGAUGAUAAGAUAUCUUCCUAUAUCUAUAUCUAACCAUAGCUAAAGUCCAGAGGCUUGAAACCAUUACUCUUUAUAAGUUUCGUAUGAAGUUCUGCCUUAUCAAUAUUGACAAAAACGUGUGUAGUCGAGAUACACAUGGUCAUAAAAGGUGGAUGAGUGAAAUAUGUAUCAGCAAAUCCGGGAAGAUGGUUAAAGGUGAUAAAAUAUCUUAUGCCACCAAUAUGGAAUUAUGUAUUUCUCAUAUACUCUGUCUUCUCAGCUUUCAUUUUUCGUUUAACAUUUCAGACAAUAUACUGAAUUAUUAUACUUGUUGGAGAUUUAAUCACCAGCUUUGCAAAUGGUUAUUCUUUCAUGCCUUAUAAGGACACGUGCCUCAACGUUAGGCUUAGUUCAAGACAAACAAAAAAUAGUGUGGUGCCAUCGUUUGACGUAAGACGAACUUUGUGACAUCUUCUGGUAAAUAAAAAACAGAAAAUUAAAGUUCAAAUCCUCUGAUUACAAUUAAGAACAGAAAUGCCAUGGAGUAGUUAUUUCCGACUUGGAAGAGUGGAUUUCCGUUUAGGUAAAAUCUUAUUUGAAUUAUUAAGAAAUUAGUGACUUUUUUUUACGGGCGUCAGUUGAAAGGGUUUUGAAACGUUCAGUUGAGCAGGAUUUAAAAAACCCAAGCGCGUUUCAGUUAAAAUUCCAAACAUCAUGAACAAGGAUCCGAUUAUGAUGUAGCUAUAUACGGUUUGAGUCAGUGCUCAGAACAGUUUGAAUAUUUCGAGGAACACUUAUCUUAUUUUGAGCCAAUCAAGUUUCUUCUAGUAUUUCACCGUUUUUCGCGGCUUUUGACGUCAUUGGAAACGUUUUAAAGUCUAUUUGAAAUAUGACAGUAGCUUAAAUCCGUGCAAUAUGGGCUUACCUAUAUCUUCCUUGUCUGCACUGAUUCUAGUAAGAGAGAGGAUUUAACCAACGUUACGUCAAGCUCACUCGGUUUAGCCUAGAGUUCACUGCAUGGUUUAGCCCGUUUUCGCACUGAUUUAUAUUUGCCUUUGGUAGAUCGUGUUAUAAGUUUACUGACUGAAGGAUUUGUCCCAAUAAAUUGACUUACUAAUACGUACAUUUACAUUGUGUUAUGCAAACUAUAAGAAGUUCUGGAACUAUUUUCCAUUGCAACCAUAAAGAGUCAAAAGCAAAUCAACUAAAAUCCAAUCUACUUAUGUUCUUUACCAUAUUAUCUGUCGAAAGAAUUUUGUGCAAAUAAUUUCCUCAAUCUUUUAAGGAUCCGUAUUUCUAGACAUUUGUGAGGGCCUAAUUUUUAGAUUGCCGUUUUUUGCUCUGCGAGUUUUUAGAAAACAUGUUUUAAAAAAACGCGCAACCCUGUUAAACGACUGAUGCACAUGUAACCUGGCAGUUCUAAACUGUUCUAGUGCACCUUGUGUAGUUACAGUUAAUAAGCCUUUUUCAAAAGGAAGUCUUCCUUGAUUUAUCUGACAUUUCAAAUUGGAUUUGUCUCGCCAUCGUGUCUACGGAAGGUUCUAAAAGGUAGCGGGCAUGACAUAAGACAUCGCCUAACCUUCAACCACUGGCAAAAUACUGUUAAUGUAAUUGAUUCUACGUACAAGUACGUUUAUUUGAUUUGAUCAACAACCAGCCUACACCGGCGCGUGCAGCAAACAUGAAAAAUUGAACUCACUCCCUGGAAUAAACUGGGGUAAAAAUAUACACGUUACACGUAAAUCAGUUUUGGUUAAAAACGCUUUUACUAUACGAAAGUCAACUGGUUUUGAAAUAUGAUUAAAUAAAUGCACAUUACACAAAGAUACUGAGUGUAUGCAUGUUAGGCUAUAUUAUACAUGUACGUAAAAAACUUUCAUAAAAGCUUCACUGGGGUUCACUCGAAUCCCGAGCCGCGAACCCGGAGGUUAAUAUCCUGUCAUCUGUAGAAGCGGGAAGGGGCGCUUUAUAGGGGUGCAUGGCGACAACCAGCACACGUUUGACUCCUGCCCGUCUGCCAGGUACUCAUUUUUUAAAAUACUGAAGGCACUGUUACACUAUACAACUUUCUUUAGGUUCUUGCAUCUUGCAAUGCAAAUUUACUCCUGAGGCAAAUAAAGUUGACUAAUACGAACAUUUCUUAAGAUCUGCUAACUUCUUCUUAGCAUACGAAUUAACAUCCCUCAAAAUUAUAACCGCAUCGCAAGUUGCAAGAAAAAUUGCCUAGUGUAACAGCGCAUUUACACACGAAAGCCUACGAAAGCCUCGGUUCUGAGAAGAGGAGUUUGUCGGCUCAAAUAUUUGCCAAGAAAUACUGACUUUAGUAUCGGUAUCGAAAAAAUGGCGGUAUCCGCAUAUCGAAUGAAAAAAGGUGGUAUUGCCUAUCACUAAAACUCAAGACUUCAAUUAAUCGGGUAACUAUAGGGUGCCGAUGAUUGAAUCUACCGAACAUUGAAUAAUUAUAUGCACAAAUACACAUCAUGAAUAUAAUAUGAUAUCUGAUAUCUUAUUAUGAAAAUGCCAGUGUCAUCUUGUGAAAGUAAGAGAUUAAUAUUACAAUCAUAAACACAAUUCCUGCAGUUAGCUGUAGAAUUUUGGUCUUUAAUCUUUGCUUCCAUUAAUAUGUGGUCAGAAUGAAAGGUAAUCAUAUAACUGUUGAUCGUUACGUUGACGAACUAUAUAUUAUUAUAUGACGUUGGCAAUUUAAUGCUUUUUCAAUCAAAUGCUUUUUAUUUAUCGUCUGUGUAAUAAGUUUGAGGGCAUGCUUGUGUAGAAAAGCACAAAACAGGGGAGGCUAACAACACAUCGUAGUGUAAUCACUCGAGAUCACUAAUGUCAUGUAAUGAAUAUGAGGUAUGUUUGUUUAAACAACUGCCUUAAUUGUUCCUUAAGAGUUCCAUAUCAUUUAUUUUAUGUUCACGGUAGGGCGCAUGCGCAUUAGGCGCCCAAAGGGGCCUAAAAAGGUGCCUUAUUGCAUGCAGUUUGCCACUACACAAUAGCCUCGGCUUUAGAAUUUCCUAGUUUCUGGUUUGCCGUCUCCAGUUUCUAAAAGAAUGUAAGUAAAGAAAGAUCGAUCAAUUUAUUUAGCAAAUAAAUAAAUAGCAUUUCUGUUAUUGUCUUUCUUGCAGGCAUUAAAACCUUUGUAAACUGUUGUGUCGAGUAUUUGGUAUUCCGAUGUUUGUAAUUUCGUUUGCAAAGGCGUUUUUACGAGGACGUUUUCCAAAAAGAUUUAUCAUCAGGAUUAUAUUAAUCUCUAUUCUCUUCCUUAUAUUUCUUAUUGGAACUGUCAAAAUAGCUUCAAACUCAUCGAAUAGUAUUGCUUUAACAAAUGACAUUGACACUGACAACUGCACUUCAUCAACUAAGAAUAUUUCGUGCAUCAAGUCUGGAGAAUUAGAGAUCGAUUCAACAUCGGAACGAUUCAGUCAAAAGUGUGACAUACCAAUAAAAAAUAGCCAUUUCUCUUUGGCCCAUAGAUUUCCUCACAUUAUAAUAAUUGGUUUCGGAAAGGCAGGAACACGUGCUCUGUAUCAAAUAAUUCGCCUUAACCCCAAGGUUGUUGGACCUCCCAAUGAACUGCGCUUCUUCUCAAAUGACGCGAAAUACAAAUUGGGAGUGAACGCCUACACCAAACGGAUGCCACCAACAACGUCAACUCAGAUAACAAUAGAAAAGAGUCCAGAUUAUAUAAUUAAACCAGUUGCAGCUAUACGAUUGAAGAAAGCAAUUGAAAGAUGUGGUCGCAGUAGGGACAUUAAAUUUAUUGUUGUUUUACGAGACCCAUUCACUCGAACAGUUUCUGAAUACCUGCACUGGAAGUUGUAUUUACAAUCUGAAGGGAAAAACAUUCGUAGUUUUGAAAAACUGGCUAUCAAGAAUUCCGGCCACGUUGACAAUCUCCGUGCUCAGGUAAAUACAAGUGCUUAUUCUUAUCACGUACAAAAUUGGCUGAAAGUAUUUGAUUUGAGUCAAAUGUGUUUUGUUGACGGUGACCGUCUUGCCAAAAAUCCAUAUCCCGUUGCGAAGAAGUUAGAAAAAUGUCUGGAACUUGAAGACUUUAUCACACAAGAACAUUUUUACUAUAAUAAAGCGAAAAGAUUUUACUGUCCUGUAGACCGUAAAGGAAAUCCAAAAUGUCUUUCUUCAAACAAGGGUAGACCUCAUCCAAAGAUUGACGUGGACGUUGAAAUGAAACUAAGAGCAUUUUUCAAGCCAUACAACAAGGCGCUGUAUAAUGUAACUGGGAUAAAUUUUGGUUGGAGGUAGUGAAAUAAACGUCAGUGUACCUGAUUUUAACAUGAUACUGAUGAUAGACUUGCGGAUGAUAAAUAAAUGAGUACAAAUUGCUCGACUUGUCACCAAUUAUUCCUCGACUCCUCAAAUCGUACACCUCUAUUCAACUUCACAGGAUUGACCCUAACCCUAAAAAUAUCGUUUGGUUUAAAAUGUCGGAGACGGGGGGCUUCGAGACAUAGGGGCCUCGUACAAAAAUAAUUAGAACUACAAAACAGUAGGACUAAAAGACCAGACUUUGAACUUUAGUAUGGCAAAUGCCAUUAGGAUUCUUUGAAGCCAUAAUAUCAACGUCAUAAAAUAUUGGAAUUAAUUAUUUUGGUAGACAAAUGGGUCCUAUUUUGUAUUUUAGCGUAUCUGAGGGGGCCAAAAAUGAACGAUUGAGGGAUGGGAGGGAUGGUGGCACAACGGUUGCGUUACGCAACUGCUAACAGAUGUCAUACCGUUCAUAACCAAAGAAAAAAGACAAAUUAGACAAUAUUUUCGCUGAUCUCUAUGUGCUCCCAAGCCAUGCUAUUUAUGCGGAAUGCUGGUGCAUACUAUGGCUGGUGGAGUCGCUAUAUAUAGCUCAGUGCAUCAGUAACACGAAAUUUGAUUGGCUAUUACACAGGUCAAUGUCGAACCAAUCAAGUUUAAUGUUACAUGGGUCUUCUAUACGCUUCACUUUAGUACUAGUUUUGUACUUGUAUUUUGGCUAUUAUAAAUAAUAAAUAUUUCAUUUUCACAAAAUCAAUACAUAUAAUUGUAUGUCCACGAAAAAAAGGAUUCUUUGAUGGUGCAUAUUUGAUUCCUGAUUCUUCUUUAAAGAUAAUCGUUACGAAGGAAGUGCUCUAAAGUUCUGGAUAUGUAUAUAGAAAAACGACCUGGUCUUAAAACGUGUGCUUAUUAUAGCUCAAAAAAUUCACUGGCUGUUUUAAAUGUUAUUUACAUUUUUCUUGCAAUUCUGUUAAUAUGCAUUGCUGUCUAUGCCAAGAUCACAGCUGUGUUGACUAGUCUACCAAUAUUGGGUGCUGUGGUAGCAUGUGGUGUUUUCUUGCUGAUUAUUUCAAUAUUUGGUCUUAUUGGUGCAGUAAGGCAUCAACUAGUUAUCCUAUUCUUUUACAUGAUAACACUGGCAUUUCUAUUCAUUUUCCUACUCUCCGUAUCAAUUGCUGCUCUGACUGUGCCUCCGGCUAAGCAAGAAGCCUUAUUAAGAUCGAGUUGGCAACGUCUGGGGAAUCAAACAAAGGAUGAACUUCAAGUUGCAGGAAAUUGUUGUGGUUUUCAUGUUUUGGCAGAUUUGGCAAAUACUACCAUGUCUCAUCCACCCUGUGUGAAACUUCCUUGCUGUAAGAAAAAGACUCACAAUCAUUGCGAUGAAUGCCCAGCAUGUUUUGCAUAUUUCAAAGAUUCUAUUGAUCAAGUUCUCUCAGUUGCUGGAGGUGUUGGGUUAUUUUUCAGUUUUACUUUGAUAUUUGGUGUUUAUGUGGCGUACAAGUAUCGAAAUAUUAAAGAUCCAAGGAGUCUUUCGGGAUCAUUUCUCUAACGUCUGUUCCAAAGGAUAGUUUAGUGCAGCUUCACAUAGCUUUACAGUAAAGCUAUAGUAAAACAGUAGAGCUGGAUGUAUUUGAAAC